GCACCCGGACAUCACGGGGGAUAGAGAGCCCGUGUUCAACGAAGUCGCCCGGAGCGACCUUGUCGCGCAGUACGUCGGGCAGACGGCUCCAAAGGUGCAGAAGGAGGUGAACAAAAGCCUCGGGGGCGUUUUCUUCCUGGACGAGGCCUAUUCGCUGGUGAACGGCGAGCGCGACCAGUUUGGCCACGAGGCGGUUGACACCCUCAUCAAGGAGAUGGAGGACAAGCGCGCAAACUUCGUGGUGAUCUGCGCCGGCUACGAGGAUGAGAUGGAUGCCUUCUUCGACAGCAAUCCUGGGUUUAAGUCCCGGGUGCCUUUCACCUUCUUCUUUGAGGACUACACCUGUCCACAGCUCAUGGAGAUUGGACUGUUGUCGCUGAAGCCCAAG